AUGCUGUCGAGGGGUCAUCUAUUAGUACAGAUGGCUCGUAAUAAAGAUGGACAAAUUUCAACAUCCGAAGAAGGAUAUAAAAAUACUAUUGCUCAAAGAAAGAUAACAGUUGGAUUUUAUGAAAAAACCCAGAACUGGAUUGAAAGUAGUAAUUUUGACAAGAAUCCUUUAGAAUUUAUCGACAGUGAACAUGGCGAUGAAGAAAACGACGAAAAAACUUAUAGCGAAUUAAAAGUCGUUAAAGAGUCCUCGUUAGAAAAAACUGUUGAAGAAAACGACGAAAAAACUUAUAGCGAAUUAAAAUUCGUUAAAGAGUCCUCGUUAGAAAAAACUAAUAACAUUAACCGUAGUCAUUUUGAUCAGCAUCCUUUAGAAUUUAACAGUGAAUAUGACGAUGAAAAAACUUAUAGCGAAUUCAAAGUCGUUAAAGCGUCCUCUUUAAAAAAAAUUAAAGUUUUAGAAAAUAUAAUUAUUUCUCCACCAAACUUUGACAAACCAAAUAACAAUUGUGGUUCUUACAUUUCAAAUUCAGUUGCUAGUUCUAAGGAAAAUAAUUCUGAAUUGUCAUUGAUAGAAGAAAUAACAAUAAAUGCGGAAAAUUUUCCUUCGAUAAAAAAAUCCAGUAAACUUAAACAAAUAAAUUUAAAAACCCCAGAUAUUUAUAAUUAUGAAAUCGAUAACGUUGAAUAUAAUAUAAAUGAUGAUGUUAGAGAUCAAGACUUUAAUAUCGCAGAAUAUUUAACUGACACUACUUGUACAUCUGUGAAAACUGACAAUGCCAUAUACGACAUAGAGAAAACAAUUCAACCACUAUCUGAAAAAAUUAAGAUUGAGAAGAACAAAACAAAAAAACAAAUUCAAUGCAAGUAUUGUGCAGAAGAUAUUCCCACCAAAAAUUUCAUGCGGCAUUUACAAAGAAGGCACCCAACUGUCAAGGAAGUCGAAGAGUUAAUGCAACUACCAAAAAAUAGCAAAGAACGACGACAAGCAAUGAGUUUGUUAAGAAAUGAAACUAAUUUUAAUCUUUACUUAAAAGGAACAAUAAAACCAAGUUAUCAAAGAAAUGAAUCAGUGGAAGACAAACAAUAUUAUCCAUGUUCUUAUUGUAAAGGAUUAUUUUUUAAGAAUUAUUUAAGACGUCAUGUAAAAAAGUGCGUCAUGUAUAAGACGCACACUAACGAAGUUCAAGAAAGUUUUAGAAUAAGUCAUCUUUCGCGCUCUCAUACACUUACUGCAUGUGCCGCUGAUCCUACCAACGUCAUUUCUCAACUUAACGUUAAAGAACAGGUGUUUGAUUUAAUGAGAGGUGAUGACAUUGCAUUAGAAGCAAAAAAAGAUUUGCUUAUUGCUCAUUUUGGCAACUCUUAUUUAAAAAAACACAGGCGGGAGCGCAUGGCAUAUGUGUGCAGCAAUCGUAUGCGAGAACUUUCUCGUUUACUCAUCACUUACCGAAAAAUUACAAAUAAUAAUAAUGUGUCUCUUAAGAACAUACUCCUUCCAAGAUAUUUUGAUACAGUAAUUUCUGCAGUAAGAAACCUGGUUGGAUAUGAUCAUUUGAAAAAAACCUUUAACGCUCCUAGUUUAGCGAUGCAUUUAGGUACCUCAUUAAAAUUUGUCUGCGAUGAAUUAACACACCUGAUAUUAAAAGAAACUGAAGGUUUUAAGUGUGUAUCCCCUCAAGAAAAAGAAAUUUGGUUACAUGAUAUUAAAAAUUUUAAGAAAUUAAUUGAAUCUCGGUGGACUAUUGAGCUUGCAUCUCUUGCUAAUAAAGAUUUGCAAGAAAAACGAUGGACCAAACCACUUAUUGUGCCAUUAGUCAGCGAUAUUAAAAAAUUCCGCGAUGAAAUUAUAAACAUUGCAAAUAAUUGCGAACAACUAUUUUCUAAUAACAAAGACGAUAAAAAAACAUACAAAGAUUUAGUUCAAUGCACUUUAUCUUUGUUAAUUAUUUUUAACCGAAGAAGAAUUGGAGAUGUCCAAUUUUUAAAAAUUAAGGAUUACCUACUUGAUAAAAAAACCGAUUUUACAGAUUUUGAAACCGUUUUAACAGAAGGGGAAAGAGUUUUAACUAACAACUAUAAAAGAAUUGUUAAUGGUGGCAAGGGAUCUAGGGCAGUUGUAAUACUAGUACCAAAAUUACUACAAAAUUUUAUUACAAUUUUAUUGGAGCACAGAAGCAAAUAUAUAUCUUCAGACAACGAAUACGUUUUUGCAAUGCCAGGGAGCAGAAUAAAAUGGGGUAAGGGAGAUGUGGCCAUAAGAACGCUAGCCGAUAAAAUUAAGCUAGAUAAUGCACAAGCCAUUUCUAGCAAUAAAUUAAGGAAGCAAAUUGCAACAGUAAUGCAAAUAUUAAACUUAAACAAAGCUGAGAUUAAACAAUUUUCCGACUUUAUGGGACAUACAUUAAAAACCCACGAAGAGUUCUACGAACUCCCAGUCGAUAUUUACCAGACUGCAAAAGUAUCAAAAAUUCUCCUUAUGAUGGAAAAAGGAAGUAUGCCAGCAGAAUAUAAAGGCAAGUCGUUAUCACAAAUAAAUUUUGAUGCUAAUUUAGAAUACGUAGAAGAAAAUGAUGAAAUUUACGAAAAUGAUAAAGCCGGUGGUGAAAAGAAAAGUGAUAAAAUCCAAAAUAAUGGAGCAAAGAAAGAUGGAGACGAAAGUAUUUUCAAUCAUGAUAACGAAGAGUCAACACAAAAAAUGGAUUCAGACAGUGAAGGCAGUGAAGAAUUACCGAAAAAGAAGAAAAAAAUAGUUACAAAAAAAGGUUGGACCAAUAUUGAAGUUGAUUUACUUACAAAUCAUUUUAAAAGUUUUAUCGAAACCAAAACAUAUCCCUCCGGAAGUGCAAUAAGCCAGUGGAUCCAGGCAAAUAAGAUAAAUCGCACUGUGCCAGUGGUAAAAUCAAAAAUUCAACAUUUGGUAAACAAAUGUAAACUUGAGAAUUAA